UUUGUGUAUUUUCCAUGUUGACUUCACUUUAUUUUAUUUCGGAAACCAUGGAAGAGUAUGAGAAUAUAUACAAACACUUAUGUCGUGUGUGUUUAAAACAAAAUAAUGAGCAAAACAUGGUUCCUUUAUUGGAUUUUACCAGCGUUGACGGCUUAAGUUGCUUUGGCAAAGCCAUUCUAGCCUUCGCGAGUGUUGACAUCCAAUCGAACAAUGUUUUUCCUACUUUGAUGUGCAAUGACUGUUUAUAUUGCCUAAAACAAGCUAUUUCUUUCAAACUAAAGUGUGAAACAAGUGAUAAACAGCUUAAAAAUUUGGCAAAUCAGUGUUUUUCUGAGGCUGAAAUCAAAACAAAAGUCGUCGAAUAUGCAAUGUUUCAUAGUUAUUUUACUAACGAAGAUCUGCGAGGGUGUUCAAGUUCUAACAUGAAACGUGAAGUAAAGCCCAAGGUAUUCAUGCAAAACAUCGUUGGAAUAGAUAAUCUGGAUAUGGACUUACCUGCGUCUCAAGACAGUUUCAGUGAUAAUUUUCCGGAUAAUCCAGAUGACUAUGUUUGUAAUCCACCUUAUUCUGAUGAAAAACCUGCCCAGUCACUGGAAGAGGCAGAUGUCGUUCUGGAUCGCAUUGAAAAACUGAUAGGCUCAUAUGCAGAUAUAUCAUCAAUGGAAAUUAAGAAAAGUUUUAAAAAGCAAACUUUCAAGCGGCAUAAAAAACUCGCUCGAAGACAACAAAUGAAAUUUCAAAGCAUAGACUCGUUUAACUGUAACAUUUGCCACAGAGUCCUGGCUAACAAACAUUCAUAUGAUAAUCAUAUGCAGAGACACAAUGGAUGUAGAUUUGUCUGUGAACAUUGUGGCAAGGGGUUUCCAGUACUUACCGAGCUACAAGUACAUCAAGUGUCUGUCCAUGGCACCGGACCAUACUUACAGUGCCGCCAGUGCCCAUACAAAGCUCCACGAAAGUUUAGUCUAACCGAGCAUGAAAGGAUACACACUGGUGAACGUCCAUACACUUGUGAAAAGUGUGGUUUAACAUUCCGAAGAAGAUUUGUAUGGAAGAAGCAUCUCAUCUACCAUAAUGAGAAAACUGUUCAAUGCAGUUUAUGUCCCCGUAAAUUCUAUCUGCGGAGUGAGAUGUUAGCGCAUUGUAAUAAUGUUCACGAGAGGAUGUAUGUGUACUUGUGUAAUAAAUGUGGAGCCACCUAUGCAAAGGCGGCUACGGUCAGGCGGCAUUUAACAGAAAGACAUGGAGUGCCAAGAGAAGUGCAAGGCAAGGUAAUUAGGAUUAAUAAAGGGAAGGGUGACUUUCCAGAAUAAAUUACAUAAUACGACAGUAAAUUAAUAGUAUUUUAAACAAUGUUCUAAAAUUCGUUUAUUUUUGUCAGUAUAUUGUCUGACUCCUUGCCACCAACAAGAUGAAAGUACUUUACCCUCUAGCCUAUGUGCCAAAACCUGCCAAGACAAAUGCAAUUUUGAUUUGUUAAAAUAAAGAUUCAAAUUGGAACGGAACGGGAGACCUUAUUAUAGGCCUCUGGGCACCUAGAGGCUAAAUAAAUCGAUCAAUAUAAUUUUUCAACAUACUUAAUUAUUCUUUUGUGAUCAUUUAGAAUAAUUAAUGCAUUUACACUGUACUAUGUAAUGUAUAGGUUGAGAAUUUAUUUUUAAUUAACUAUAAUGUACAUAAUUUAGCUAGGUGGAUGAGAUGAUAGCCUUAACAAUAAAUGUAUACCUACAUUCAUGCUCAGAUCAUUUUGAACCUUGCCCAUUUAGCAACAACUUAUGAUAUUAUGUUUAAGGCCAAGAAAAAUAAUGAGAAAAGCCAAUACUAUUUUUUACCUCUGGUUCACUAUUUUACCGUAAAAAUUACCUACUUUUAUUUAUUUCCUAAGAUGCUAUGAAUAUUCGAUAUGUGAAGAAUAUUUGGUAUCCGGUAGUCUUGCUAUAAAGAAAAAUUGCACUUUUAAUGUAUACCACAAACCAUUAUAUUUUUUCAUUAAAAUGUGUUCAUAGGAUAGUUAAUAUAAAUGAAGAAUUUUCUGAGCAUUUGUUGCUUGCAAAUGAUUUUAUUUUUAGCUUAGGCCAGUUUUGCUUGACUCUUAAUACAUAAGUACACAACUAAACAUCUAAACUUAAACCUUAGCAAACAUUGUUCUUUGUAGGGAACAAUUUUCAUAAUAGACCUGAUUCUACAUGGCCAAAUACGUUUUGGCCGAGACUGUGCCUGUAUAUUCGGUAUUCAGCCAAACCCACUAUUCAUGGCAUCUUUAUUUAUUUAAAUGACAUGACUUUUU